UUAUUCGCCAAGUUUGUAAAAUCGGUAUUAUUUGUACAUUUUUACCAGUAAAUUCUGUGUGAAGUCCGAAAGCUGACGCGAGAUACGUUUCAUCGAACUUCUCGUGAACGAAUACUUGGAAUUGUUUGACUGGUUCAAAUUCCGAACAGUGUUAAAUACUGUUCGCACUGUGAAUAACUGUAUUUGUGUAAAAAACUUGAAUAAAAUGUCUGUCUGUGACAGUGGAGAUGCGAAAUUAGAUGCCGCUGUAAACAGUUGGCUGAAACACGAUAAGAAUCCAACAACCCGUAAGGAGGUACUCGAUGACAUUUCCAAUGCUCGAUGGGACAAACUCCGUGGGUGUAUGCUGCAGCGGCUGAAGUUUGGCACGGCGGGCCUGCGCGGGCGCAUGGGACCUGGUUACAAGGCUAUGAAUGAUGUUGUUGUGUUGCAGACUGCUCAGGGCCUUUGUUCAUACGUAAAGAAGGUCUGCAAUCCAAGUCAGAUUCAGAAAGGAGUGGUCAUCGGGUUCGAUGGCAGAUACAACAGUAAAAGAUUCGCAGAACUAACAGCGAAAGUCUUCAUAUCAUCAUCGAUUCCUGUGCACAUCUUCACCGAAGUUUGCGCAACACCCCUGGUGUCCUUCGGCACGAUCCUCUACAACUCUGUGGCGGGUGUCAUGGUGACAGCCUCUCAUAACCCUAAGGAGGACAACGGGUAUAAGGUGUACUGGAGAAACGGUUGCCAGAUUAUUUCGCCCCAUGAUGAUAAUGUGUUGGAUGAGAUUAUGCAGUGUUUGGACAUACCCGACGAACACUGGGACAUAAAGGACAUUCGUUCCAACCCAUUAGUGACAAACUGUCAGGAGGAAGUGACGAACAAAUACAUGGAGACGAUCAUCAGCCUCAGUCCUGAGGUCUUGGAGGAGAACAAGAGAGCCUCUAUAGAUGUGGUGUAUAGUGCCAUGCAUGGAGUCGGCUACGAGUAUGUUCUGAAGGCUUUUGCGACUGCUAAUCUUAAGGCGCCAAUAAGCGUGAAAGAACAACAGGAUCCGAACCCUGACUUCCCAACGGUGACAUUCCCCAACCCUGAAGAGUUGGAGUGCCUGAACCUCAGCAAGCAGCUAGCUGAGGAGAAGAAGGUUAAGCUGGUGCUGGUCAACGAUCCUGACGCCGAUAGACUGGCUGUUGCUGAGUUUGAUGAUAGCACAAAUUCGUGGCACAUUUUCACUGGUAACGAGAUGGGGGCUCUGCUAGGCUGGUGGUUAUUGGACCAGUACUGCAAGAAGGUCAACCAUAUGCCGGAGUCUGAGGUGUAUAUCAUGGCCAGCAUCGUUAGUUCCAAGAUGUUGAGAGCUAUUGUUAAAGGACGGGGGGAGUUUGUUGAAACUCUUACUGGGUUUAAGUGGAUGGGCAACACCACCCUACUAUUGGCUCAGCAGAAUAAAGUGCCAUUAUUCGCGUUUGAAGAGGCCAUCGGCUACAUGUGUGACCAUCGCGUGCCGGAGAAAGAUGGAGUUUCGGCUGCAGUACAGGUAGCAUCCCUAGCCUCCCACCUAUACCUAUCCGGAUCAUCAGUCUUACAGCAACUGUACGCAUUGUACGCACAGUACGGGUACCACGUGACCGACAACAGUUACUAUAUCUGUCACGAACAGGCCACCAUACAGAAGAUAUUUAGAAGGAUCAGGAAUUAUACAGCUCCGGGAGAGUACCCCAAGAAAGUGGGCGAAUGCGAGAUCGUUUACAUUAACGACUUCACAGCCGGCGUUAAAAUACCUGAAAACGUCAACGGAGAGGCGCACUUGAAUGUCCUAGGCACAGGCUUAGACCAGGACUACACGUCGGGCGAGAUGAUAAUCUUCCGCUGCAGCAACGGCCUGACUGUCACUGUUCGCACCAGUGGAACUGAGCCUAAGCUGAAGUAUUACUCCGAGCUGGUCUGCGAGGCUAAGAGUAGAAGUGAACAAGAAUCAAUGAACGCGAAACUGAAAGUGAUGGUAAAAGAAUUCGUAGAAGAAUUACUGCAACCCAGAGAAAAUGGUCUACUAGGUUAAACAGAAAAUUUAACUUUAACAAUACCAUCAAGAUUUUAAACAUUUUGAAUAAAGAACUCGGAACAUUCCAGGUUUGAAAUGUUAUUCGACUAUUGCAAUAAUCGAUUAAAGAUAAGAUUAGUGGUGUAGUCGAUGUAUCGAUACUUUUUUAAUGCAUACUCUUUUGUAUUCUGUUUUUUAAUGUUACCAGUGUCUUAAAAGUGUUUAAAUAUUUCUCGUAAUAAAUAGAUGUUUUUGAAGUAAAUGUUUAAAAAGCUUUGUCAAGCAAUUCUUUCGAUUUUAAUUGUAAUCGCAUUUUAAGUAAGAAUUACUGUGGUAAAUAUUGCAUUUUGUAAACGGAUUUAUUUUAUACUAACUCAAUUUUAGAAUAAGAUAUUUACUACCAAAGAAAUAUAUCAAAAUCAUUCCGGACUGUGACUGUUUUCUAAAAAUAUAUUUCAGUGAGUAAAAGGUGCGCAACAACGAUUCAGUUCUUUUUACGAAAUAUUUUGAAUGUUUUUUAUAGCCAGCUUGAUUAUAAUAGCUUAAGUUAAGAAAGAAAAUUGUAACAGUUUUAGUGGUCUUACCUAUGGAAAAUAUAAUCAAUAAAAAUUGUAUGGUGCAUUGCCUGUAAUGGUGCCCAACUGGGACUUCGGAAGAUGCACAUUCUUCGACAUUGAUUGAUAGGUUAAUAGAUAGAUUACCAUUGCUUCAAAACAUUAAAAUAUACCUUCUAUUUACAGUGAAUUAAUAAACGAAAUAAAAUUUGAUUAGUAAACUUUUGUUUGUUUAACUACUGACUAGCUGUUGCCCGUAACAUAGAAUUUCCAAUUUCGUUUAUUUAAUCAUUCAUUGCUCAACCCCCGUAGGUGAUAGCGUGAUAAUAUAUAGCCUAUGUGUUGAACCGGUCCCCAGGUAAUAGUCAUGCAAAAUUUUAUUUAAAUCCAUGCAGUACUUUUUGAGUUUAUCCGGGACAAACAUACAGACAAACAGACAUACAGACAAAAAUUCUAAAAACUACAUAUUUGGGUUCAGAAUCGAUUAUGGAUCACCCCCUAAGUGUUCUUUUAAAAAAAUAUUCAAUGUACAGUUUUGACUUUCCUAUCAUUUUAUUAUAUGUAUAGAUUAUUAAGCUGGCCUCACAUAACGUGAAUGUUCCAAGCAAUUAUAUUAAGUGAUUUUAUUGAAAAAACACUGAUUGUGAUAACUUGGUUCACAUUUUUAAUUAAUUGUAUAAAAAUUGUUCCUGUUGAUAAGGUGUAACCUGCAUUUAAAAUUAUUUCUUUAAUAAUACUAUUGUUUUAAAACGUUAAUAAAUAAUGUACGCAUAA